AUGUGGAGUUCAAAGCGGUGGGAGGAGCAACGACGGCCGGCACAAGGCCGUGGCGAAGCAGCGGCGCAAGGCGGCGGCGGAGCAGCGGCGCAAGACGGUGGUGGAUCGGAGCAGCGCCGGCGGCAGCGCAAGGAGGUGAGGGGAGCAGCGGCGCAAGGAGGUGGGGGAGCAGCGGCGACGGCACAAGGAGGUGAAGAAAGCAACGGCGGCGAUGGAGGGUUGUGGCCAAAGAUUUCAGCCCAGAAUUAUGGCUGCUUCAAAAACGAAACCUACGUAAGUAACAGCACGUUCGACAACAAUCUCCGAGCCCUCCUUUCGUCACUCUCCUCAAACAUGAACGACACCGGUUUCUACAGGGCCUACGUGGGCCGGAUCCCGAACCGAGCCUACGCCACAGCUCUCUGCAGAACAGACGUCCAGCUCGAUUCUUGUCGUUCUUGUGUUAGAGAAGCUUCGGUAGAGAUUGCAAAUUUGUGCGUGAAUCGAAAGCAGUCAGUAAUGAGGAAAGGUACAUGCACUUUGCGAUACUCAGACGAGCCCAUAUUCGGAGUUCGGGCCGACGGUUAUUUCGUCAUGGUGCGGCGCGGGGCUGUAUACAGUCCCGACCAAUACAAGCAGAAUCUGACGAUGCUGUCCGACGAACUUCGCGGAAAGGCAGCUGCAGGGGGGUCUCUAGUCAAGCUAAAUAUCACAUUUGAUACUUCUUCUUCUUCCACCUCCAACUGCUUCCUCGACAAUGGCAAAUACACAAGUAACAGCACUUACAGCGACAAUCUCGGCACCCUUCUUUCAUCGCUCUCCUCGAACAUAAACGACACCGGUUUCUACAGCGCUUCGGUUGGUCGAACCGAGGCGUCGACACAGCCUACGCCAUUGCUCUCUGCCGAGCCGACAUAA